CGCCGCGAACUGAAAGUAGGCAUUCGAGACAAUCUUCUCCGAGGGCACUUCGUCAGCCCGGGCACAGCCUCCUCCUACCACACCAUCGUACACGUCUCCAUCCUCGUCAAUCCAGUCAGAAUGCCUCCCUACGAGAAAUCCAUGGAAAUUAUGCCUUUCAAGCAAAGGAAGUGCCUUGAAACAAGAAAAGAUGAAGUCUGCACAAUUCGGUCUAAGUUCCCCAACAAAUUACCGGUAAUUGUGGAGCGAUACCUUCGGGAGACAAAGCUUCCCCUACUGGACAAAACCAAAUUUCUCGUCCCAUAUGAGCUGGCAUUAGGGCAGUUCCUCAGUCUACUCAGAAGUAAGAUAGCGCUAGAGGCAUCUCAAGCUCUGUACCUACUGAUCUCAGGAAAGAACAUGUCCUGUUUGUCAACCAGCAUGGGAGAAGUUUAUUCACAGUUCAGAGACCCUGAUGGCUUCCUAUACAUAACCUAUGCAUCCCAGGACAUGUUUGGGUGAAAAGACCCUCCAAAAUGACCAUGUGACAGAGACUCCAGACGGAUGCCUUUCUGAAAUCAUAACUCUUGCUGCUAUAAAUGAAGACUCUCACUGUGCAUUACACCUAAAACAACACAGUCCACCAAUCACACCUGGCCGAGAGGACUCUUCUGACCUCAUUUCUCAGUAGUUUAGUUUUCUUUGAGGCUAAUGUUGAAGUAAAAUCCGUAAUUUUGAAAGAGAUUACAACUGAGCCGUGUUAUGUGAAGAGUGAUGGCACUUGCACUACUCUUCAAGCUGCUCAGUUAUUAGGCUCUGAUUUCUGAAAGAACACAAAAAAGGAUGUCCUGUUCCUCAAAGGAUCUGAGAUGUCCUGUUACAAUGAGACUGGGUUUGUUUCUCCCCGUGCUCUUUCUGUGACUGCACGUCUGUGUUUCUAAUACAAACACAGAGGAGACAAAUGCACAACUAUUUGAGCACCUACUCUGGAUGAAAAUGAGUGCAAACAACACAGUCACUAUGUACUCAGCUUCAACUGCGGUUUAUUCUCAAUAAAUCACUUUAGUUCUUGAA